AUGAGCCAAGACUGCCCUCCCGUCCAAUCGCAAACGACCCGAUUCUCCGUAUGCAUGGCCAGCUUCUCGUCGACACUCAAGGUCAUGAGAACAUGCAAAUCGAAUUUCAUUAAGCGUGGAUGCCCUGUCAUCGUCGGCGCCCUUCAUUGCAUCAAGGAAUCCCCCAAAACGAAUAUGUCGAGGAAGUUUGGCGUGUCAAAGUGCUCAGGGACCCAUGCACCUGCUCUCUUUACAGAGGCGCCGGUUUCCUUUGGCUCCAGGGACACGGCAAUGAGACAUGCCUUCGACCAAACCCCUGUCGCCGUGUUGUCAACUGCCUCUGGCCCCUGGGAUUGCUGCCGGUGUGCCUGUCAGAUGGGUCAGGAACAGGGGAAGGGGGCUCAGGCUUCGCCUCGAGGCUGCUCGUCCGAGUGGUUCUUUCUCACCCCUACUGCUGUGCUCGACUGCGUCUCGAUGUGCUUGGAAGUCGCCAAUACCCUGUCCUGGACCUUCCUGAACAGCGCUCCUGGUCAUCUUUCCAGCCAGAUACCUCAAUUACCUAACUACGACAAGAAUUAUGUGGAUGGCGUUGGCUCACAUAUCAAGGUCGCCCAUUAUACUGGAAAUGAGAUGCAGGAUUCAGUGAUGGCCGCGACACCACAAGACCUCACUAGGAACGACCACUUUGCCAAGAAACUGGCGACUUCCUGGGCGGGCACCCAGUGCCUUCUAAUUUCCUCCGGCUCCUGCGAGGCGCUUCGCCCCGUAGACGCUGCGGCAGCGACUCGCCGCCGGGGAACGUGA